AUGGUUCGAAAUUCAAGCCGAGUGGGCAAGUACACUGUGUCUGUAUUCAGCAAGGCUCUUGAAGAUAAAGAAGGAACUGUCAAACAUUACCAUGUGCACACAAACUACGAAAACAAAUAUUAUCUGGCGGAAAAUUACUGUUUUAAUUCAGUUCCCCAGCUUAUUCACUAUCAUCAGCAUAACUCAGCAGGUAUGAUUACAAGGCUUCGACAUGCUGUGACUACAAAAGCAAAUAAGGUCCCAUCGACAUCAUCCUUAGGAAAUGGGAUCUGGGAGCUGAAACGAGAGGAAAUCGUCCUGCUCAAGGAAUUAGGAAGUGGCCAGUUUGGAGUGGUGCAGCGGGGAAAAUGGAAGGGAAAGUAUGAUGUUGCCAUUAAGAUGAUUAAAGAAGGAUCAAUGUCAGAAGAUGAAUUCAUAGAGGAAGCUCACAUCAUGAUGAAACUUAAUCAUCCCAAACUUGUUAAACUCUAUGGGGUUUGCACAGAGACAUAUCCCUUCUAUAUAGUGGCAGAAUAUAUGGCUAAUGGCUGCUUGCUUAACUAUUUGAGGAGUCACAGAAAGGAACUGCAACCCUUUCAGCUGCUGGAAAUAUGUUAUAGCAUUUGUGAAGCUAUGACUUUCUUAGAGAGCCAGCAGUUCAUUCAUCGAGACUUGGCUGCUAGGAACUGCUUGGUUGACAGUGAUUUUACUGUGAAGGUGUCUGACUUUGGGAUGGCUAGGUAUGUUCUGGAUGACCUAUAUAUAAGUUCAUUAGGAACUAAGUUUCCAGUGAAGUGGUCGGCACCAGAAGUUUUUCAUUAUACUAAGUUUAGCAGCAAGUCGGAUGUAUGGGCCUUUGGGAUCUUAAUGUGGGAGGUGUUCACUUUGGGAAAGCAACCCUAUGAACUGUAUGAUAACAAGCAAGUAAUUGAGAAGGUUUCUGAGGGAUAUCGGCUUUACCGACCACAACUGGCCUCAGAGACCAUCUACCAGUUAAUGUACAGCUGCUGGCAUGAGCUACCAGAAAAGCGCCCCACAUUUCAUCAACUCCUAUCAAUUAUUGAGACACUCAGAGAAGAUAACAAAUCUUGAAGACAAGUCCUCAUCAUGUGGCUUUUGAAUAUUGGUUGACAUAUCACCAGUCUACUUUGUGGGAGCUAAUAUUUUUGUGCAAAUUCUGAAAUCUGACUGACUUCAGAUUUGGCUGACUCCAGCAGUAUGACACUGGAUUUUCAUUGUCUUUUAACUCGCAGUGCUUUGACAACAUAGAGUAAAGAAGAAAGCUCUUGUGAUGUUGUGGUGACUUGGUAUUGUCUGAAAGAAGAGUGUAGAAGUAUAAUACUGAUGCUGUUAGUAUGAUCCCCCCCCAUAGUACUUCACAAGCAGAGAACUAUCCAGUAAUAGAGUAAACUCUUUCAAAGUUUGUUGCGGUGUUGGGUUUUUUUAGGUCACAACAGGAUUUUAUUAAUCUUUAUUUGGAAAAUGUAAAUGUGGGCAAUAUAAGCUUACUAGGUUUUCUCAUUAUCAUAUCAGAUCUCAGGGUAUUUUCUGUUAUAUAAACCUGAGGUUGAUAUUAUGGGUCAAAUUCA